UUUUAUCUUUGCUUCUUAGAUGCUCCUAAAAAUACAUCAGUUUCAGUGAGUACCUCCAGCUCUGUGUUGGAGGGCGGUUCAGUGACUCUGACCUGCAGCAGUGAUGCAAAUCCAGCAGUGAACUACACCUGGUCCAGAGAGAGUGAAGGACAGAUGGAGCAGCUGCAGACUGGAGACACUCUUACCUUCGAUAGGAUCGACCUGAAACACAGAGGCUGGUACUACUGUACAGCUCAGAACCAACAUGGCACCCAAAACUCUUCAGUGAUGCUGAACAUUCAGUAUGCCCCUAAAAUCUCUCCAUCCUCCCACUGUACCAGAACUGAUGUAACUGUGUGUUUCUGUGAGGCUGAUGGGAAUCCCUCUCCUGAACUGGAGUGGCAUCUGUCUGGAUGUCCUGUCACUAACUCUUCAAACAUGUUCAUCAGUGAAGAGCGAUUGAGCAGCACAGGCUUGAGGAGCUCCAUCACUCUUAAUCAGUCUCUCACACACACAUCCACUCUGCAGUGUGUCAGCAACAACACUCAUGGCACUGCAAGUCACCGGUUUAAUUUACUUCAUUCCACUCCUCAGGUGUCAGGUUUCCAUCAUUUCUCUUUUUUGCUUGGAGUUGCUGGUGGGGCUUCUGUGAUGAUGAUCAUAUGUGGCAUUUUACUUAUCUGUGCAAGAAGAGAAAGCAACACAAGACGAGACGAUGGCAUUGAACUCAUUCUGGCUGACAGGGAGAAUGAGUGUGCCAAUAAUGCCAUGCUGUCUCCUACUGGAUCUGUCACCCAGAAUCAUGAAGAACUCCAUUACACCUUCAUUGAUUUCACAAACACCCAACCAGAGUCAGAAGAGAUCAGGGGCGUCUCCUCACUGACAACUGACUACGCUGUGGUCCGACAUUAUCCUGGUGGAGUAUCAGAGGCAGAGAGCUCAAAAGGAGGUGAUCAGCCCAAACAGCAAAUCGCAGCUGUAGUGAUGUCUGAGAAAAAUCAAACCGUACUAGAGCAGGAGGCAAAAAUGGAAUAG